AUGGUCAGCGUAGAGGCGGCCCAAGAGGCUGCAAAAUUCAAGGUCCAAGGCAAUGUUUUCAUCAAGGAGAAAGACUACAGUGCUGCAGUAGAAUGCUACUCGAAAGCAAUCGAACGUGACGAUACACAGAGCAUUUACUUUUCGAACAGAGCUUUCGCCAGACUAAAGCUGGACAACUUCCUCACGGCCGUAGAAGAUUGUACUAAGGCCCUAGAGCUCGAUGGAAAGAACAUCAAGGCUCUGCACAGGAGAGGGCUGUCGCACGUUGGUCUUUUGCAGUUCAAUCUUGCGCGUAAGGACUUCAGAAAGCUUCUGCAAAUGAAGCCCAACGAGCCCACUGCCAUAAAAGCCUUGGAAGCGUGUGAGAAAUUCAUUAGACAAGAAAAGUUCAAAAAAGCGAUCGCUGGUGAUGGCGAUCAGAUCAAAAUUAAUCUCUGCGCGCAAGUACAACUCUCCUCCUUCGACGGAAACUCGGACAUCCUCAAUUAUGAAGGGCCCUCUUUGGAGAUGACCCAGUUAGUGAAUGAAAAAAAUGAGCCUACCGGCGCUCAGAUCACAAAUAUGUCCCAGGAAUUCGUGUCAUUUAUGGUGAACGAUCUUUUCUUGAAGGGAAAGAACCUACCCAAAAAAUACGUGGCCGCAAUCGUCUCUCAUGCAGAGCGCUUGUUUCAUCAAGAGCCCUCUGUCGUUGAGCUCAAUAACGCUACCGAAACCGAUGUCAAAAUCUCGGUAUGUGGUGACACACAUGGUCAAUUUUAUGAUGUUUUGAACAUUUUCCGCAAAUACGGCAAAGUGGGAUCGAAGCAUUCAUACCUAUUCAACGGUGACUUCGUUGACCGCGGCUCGUGGUCGUGCGAAGUGGCUAUUCUGUUCUACUGUCUGAAGAUUCUGUUUCCUAACAACAUGUUCAUUAAUAGAGGAAACCACGAAACUGAUAACAUGAAUAAGAUAUACGGAUUCGAGGACGAAUGCAAGUACAAAUACUCCCCCCGAAUCUUCGAAAUGUUCUCUCAGAGUUUCGAAGCUCUACCUCUCGCAACAGUCAUCAACGACAAGUAUUUGGUCAUGCAUGGUGGUCUCAGCGCCGACAGCUCGGUGUCUCUAGAUGAUUAUAAAAAGAUCGACAGAUUUUCUCAGCCACCAAGAGAAGGUCCUUUCAUGGAGCUACUGUGGUCUGAUCCACAAGCCGCUAAAGGCCUGGGUCCUUCUGAACGUGGACUAGGACAUUCGUUCGGACCGGACGUUACAGCCAACUUUCUCGCGAGGAACAAACUUCACAAGAUCUUUAGAUCUCAUGAGGUGAGAAUGGGUGGUGUUCUUUUCGAGCACGACAAAAAGCUGGUGACUGUUUUCAGUGCUCCUAAUUACUGCGACUCUCAAGGCAAUUUGGGUGGUAUUAUCCAUGUUGUACCUGGAACCGGUGUCAUUGGUCAGAACGACAACGACGACGAGGAUUUGCUAGUUGAGACUUUUGGCGCGGUGGAGCAUCCAAACGUGAAGCCUAUGGCUUAUUCUAAUGGAGGACUAGGGUUUUGA